AAAGUUACAUUCUCUCAUUCAUUAAAAUUUACGAAUCGAAUCACAAUUUCGUCGAAAAAAUAAUCUAAAAUUAACCGGUUACGUUGCACAAAAUUUACAAUAAGAUCGCUGGCAAAUAUAUCGUUAUUAAGCGAAAUCAGAAAAUACAAUAAAACGAAACAUUUUCCGAAGCAAAUAGUUCUCCUUGGAGCUUCUACCGUCGUUUAACAUCGUUCAUCCGUUCUUAAUACGAUUAAUAAUAAUCAAAUCGCGGCAAUGUAAUCGAGCCCGAGUAAUUGUUUACCAAAUAUGAACGCCAAUGGACGCCAAUGAACACCCAAAUAAUUUGAUUGGACGUACUGUUAUCAGCGUUUGACCCUCAUACUGUGUCAUAGCGAUAAUAAGUCACGUGGGGAUGCGCGAGAGUUAUUAACCCUGUCGUAACAUAGCGAAGAUUUUAAUAUUGGUAGAGCAACAAAAUGAUGAUAAUUCGAGUAUGAUCUUUGCUCCAAGAAAGGCAAGAAACUCGUUGAAACGUUAGUAUCUGUGAAAAAUUGCGUUCGAUCGCAAGAGCAUGGGAGAAACUUGUCUUCUCUCCAAAGAUUUCUAGUUAAAGAAGAACGAAUUUCUAAUUAAGUGAAUCAAAACGCUAUAGAGAACGAAUCAACACGUACGUUAGUUCGGCCCACUUGAGAUGUAGCGAUGCUUUACUACUCGGCACGAGUACGACAAAACUGUGAUCAAUCUUACAUGGAUUCCACUUAUCCGAUAGCGAGAACGAACCGAUUUGCGAUUUGUAUUUGCGUCCAUGCUUCGCUAACGAACGUGACAGAAAGAUUUUACGAGAAUAAGAACGUGCAAAAUUCACGAUCACCUUACGGGUGGAAGAAACGGGUAGAGAUAAGCAAUAGACGAGAAUGGCCCUGGACUUUUUCGCCGGAUGUGUGGGAGGGUGCGCCGGUAUUGUGGUGGGAUAUCCUUUGGACACGAUCAAAGUGCACAUGCAAACGCAAGACUAUCGCAACCCGAAGUACAAAGGCAACUGGCAUUGCUUUCGGACGUUACUCGCAAAAGAAUCGGUAGCAGGACUUUACCGGGGUAUGUCGUCUCCGCUGGCAGGCGUGGCAUUGGUGAACGCCGUGAUCUUUGGCGUCUACGGUCAAACCCAAAAAUACAUACCCGAUCCUGCCUCGUUGACCUCCUACUUCGCCGCUGGUGCCUUAGCAGGGAUUGUUCAAAGUCCCAUUUGCAGUCCCAUUGAACUAGCAAAAACACGCAUGCAACUGCAAACCUCCGCUGCGCGAUUCUCAGGUCCGCUGCAAUGUCUCAAACACGCGUACACACACGAAGGAUACCGCGGCGUAUUCAAAGGCUUGAGCGUCACGUUGCUCAGAGAAGCUCCGAGUUUCGGUGUCUACUUUCUCGUGUACGAAGCUUUGACCAAAAUGCCGGAUAACGUUCCCGUUUCAACGUCGCGCAUGUUGUUAGCCGGAGGACUGGCUGGCACCGCUUCUUGGGUGAUCUCUUAUCCUCUGGACGUGAUCAAAUCGCGAAUUCAAGCAGACGGAAAUCGUUACGCCGGAUUGAUCGAUUGUCUGAGACAGUCGGUGAAAACGGAAGGAUACUCUUGCUUGUACAGAGGACUCAGCUCGACCAUCGUCAGGGCGUUUCCAACAAAUGCCGUGACGUUCACAGCAGUCACGUGGACUUUCCGACUGUUGGGUCGAGAGAACGUAGAAACGAAGAAAGAAGAAAAACAGAUAUCGAUGGAAUCGAUCGGCGAGAGUCUGGAUAUGCGCGAACCCUUCUUGGAAAAAUGGAACAAUUUUUUAACCAGCGUGUCCAGAAGAAUGGUGACUCGUGGAUUACCAUAUUCCACGUUGUCGAUGACAUCCACGGACGAGUUGAAGCUAGAGUGGUCCGUCCAGUAUAAGGAUAACGAGAAAUGGACAAAGGAAGGGGUCAAGUACGGAGAACAAGCUCGAGCGGAUAAAUUUGGCAGAGAAGAGGACGAGAAACCGACGAUAUCCAAGGAGGAUGUCGAGAAUUUGAAAGAACUUGUUGAGAAGAAAGUGGACAGAACUGUAAGACGCUAAACACGAUUUUCUGAGUUUCAGAAAUCUUGGAAAUGUACUAGUUUUAUAAACAAAACUGACGAAAGUACCGAUGGAAAUAUAUCGUUAAGAGAUGA